AACCAACUGCUCGAUCAGAGCUCAAUCUUCAGUUACUCACACGUACUACACCUUCAACUCUUUCACACAAGAAUGACACCUGCACUCUCCCUAUCUCUCUCCCUCUCUCCGGUCUGCAAAACCCAAGAAGUUUCUAAGGACAUCCAGCUCAAAAGCACUAGCAGAGAAACCACAUGCCACAAAUCUCCUUCAAACUUGAAAUCCACUAGGCGGUCUCUGUUAAAUGCUGCCUCUUUUGGCGUUAUAGUGCCUGGAACACUCAUGUCUCACUCUGCAAGAGCUGAGCCUGUGCCAGAGAGCCCAGUAGCAUCAACUUCAAGCAGAAUGUCAUACUCAAGAUUCUUGCAGUACUUGGAUGAAGGUGCUGUGAGGAAGGUAGACCUUUUUGAGAAUGGAACUGUUGCGAUCGCGGAGAUCUUCAAUCCCACAUUAGAGAAGCUCCAGAGAGUCAGAGUUCAGCUACCUGGAUUGCCACAAGAGUUGCUGAGGAAACUAAAAGAGAAGAACAUAGACUUUGCAGCUCAUCCAAAGGAAGUGGACUGGUGGCCUGCAGUACUUGACUUAUUGGGAAACUUUGCUUUUCCACUGAUACUUCUUGGAUCAUUGCUAUUGAGGAGUUCACCAACAAACAUGCCAGGAGGCCCCAACUUGCCUUUUGGACUUGGAAGGAGCAAAGCCAAAUUCCAAAUGGAACCCAAUACAGGGGUUACAUUUGAUGAUGUAGCUGGGGUUGAUGAAGCAAAGCAAGAUUUUGAGGAGAUUGUUGAAUUUCUCAAAACUCCAGAGAAGUUUGCUGCAGUAGGUGCAAGAAUUCCUAAAGGGGUUCUUUUAGUAGGGCCACCGGGGACUGGAAAGACAUUGUUGGCUAAGGCCAUUGCAGGGGAGGCAGGGGUGCCUUUCUUUUCUCUGUCAGGGUCAGAGUUCAUUGAGAUGUUUGUAGGAGUAGGAGCUUCUAGAGUAAGAGACUUGUUCAACAAGGCGAAAGAGAAUUCACCAUGCUUGGUUUUCAUUGAUGAGAUUGAUGCUGUUGGGAGGCAAAGAGGGACAGGAAUUGGAGGAGGAAAUGAUGAGAGGGAGCAGACAUUGAAUCAGCUGCUUACUGAAAUGGAUGGAUUUAGUGGGAAUAGUGGAGUAAUUGUAAUUGCUGCUACUAACCGCCCCGAAAUUCUUGAUUCUGCUUUGCUCAGGCCUGGAAGGUUUGACAGACAAGUCACGGUUGGAUUGCCAGAUAUUAAGGGAAGAAGAGAGAUAUUAAAGGUGCAUAGCAACAACAAGAAGCUUGAUAAGAGCGUUUCUAUUGAUAUAAUUGCUAUGAGAACUCCUGGAUUCAGUGGUGCAGAUCUUGCAAACCUCAUGAAUGAAGCCGCGAUUCUUGCUGGUAGGAGAGGCAAAGAUAAGAUAACAAUGAAAGAAAUAGAUGACUCGAUUGAUCGAAUUAUUGCAGGGAUGGAAGGCACAAAAAUGACUGAUGGAAAGAGCAAGACUCUAGUAGCUUACCAUGAAGUAGGCCACGCCAUUUGUGCAACAUUGACUCCAGGCCAUGAUCCAGUGCAGAAGGUCUCUCUUAUUCCCCGAGGCCAAGCUCGAGGUCUUACAUGGUUCUUACCGGGGGAAGAUCGUGCUCUCAUUUCUAAGAAACAACUGUUUGCUAGAAUAGUUGGAGGUCUAGGAGGUAGAGCAGCAGAAGAAAUAAUAUUUGGGGAGCCAGAAAUAACAACUGGUGCGGCAGGAGACUUGCAACAGAUCACACAAAUAGCAAAACAGAUGGUAACAAUGUUUGGUAUGUCCGAGAUCGGACCAUGGGCAUUGACAGACCCAGCAACCCAAAGCAGUGAUGUAGUGUUGAGGAUGCUAGCAAGAAACACUAUGUCUGAAAAGCUUGCAGAGGAUAUUGACUUGUCAGUGAGACGCAUAAUCGAAAGUGCAUAUGAGGUUGCAAAGAAUCAUGUAAGGAAUAACCGAGCAGCCAUUGAUCAAUUAGUAGAUGUACUAUUAGAAAGGGAGACACUCACUGGAGAUGAAUUCAGAGCAAUUCUGUCUGAAUUUACUGAUAUUUCCAUGGUAGAGUUAAGUAAGAGCUCCAUCAGGGAGAUGAUUGAAGCCUAGUUGGUAUAAGGUUUAGGACAAUAGAUCUAAAGAUGGUAUGCCUGCUACUGGUGUGUGGUGACUAGCUACAUUGUAAUGUAUAUAAAUCAUAAGUGGAUAUGUUCAUUUAAUGAUGUCCUACAAAUUACAAGAACAAACUCAUCUCUAUACUUAUUAAUUUUUUACCAACACGUACACAUAUAAACUAUCAAUACAUUACACAUACACUACCUAUAUGCUUAUUCUCACCCCCACAAACGCCAUCACUGCUCAAGUAAAGCAAUUUACAGUCCAGACUCCUAUAUAUC